ACUUCUCCCAGUGGCCUGGAAGGGGCGGCACCGAGCUGGCUGCAGCCUGGGGACACCCCCCGCUUCGGUGAGCCCCGGAGACCCGCCCCAGCCCGCCUCCCGGAGCGCCGGCCGCCUCCCCGCCCGGGCCUGGGCCCGCUGCUCCAGCCGGCGACGGCGUCCUGCACGCACCCCACCCCUCCCCCAGGUCCGGAAGACUGAGGCCUCCUCACUCCCCACUAACAGGCCAUUCUGCUGAGCAAGCCUUUCCAUGGAGGAUGCCAGUGAGGACCCCACCAUAUUCAGUGCCCACUCUCUGCCCAGUGACCCUCGGCUCUUGGCCACCGUGACCAACACAUACCUGGGCACACGUGUGUAUCAUGACACACUGCAUGUGAGCGGCGUGUACAAUGGGGCUUGUGGGGACACACACCGGGCCAUCCUGCCUAGUCCCCUCAACGUCCAGCUGGAGGCCCCUGCAGAAACUGGAAAUCAGCUGACCGAGACCUUUGCCCUGGACACUAACACAGGCUCCUUUCUGCACACUCUAGAGGGGCCCUGCUUCCGGGCCUCCCAGCGCAUCUACGCCCACCGCACGCUGCCUCACGUCCUGGCUUUCAGUGUGUCCGUUGUCCGCAUGGCCCGGGAGAGCCGGCCCAUCACGGUGCUGCUACAGUCAACCUUCUCCCCAGAAAGUCCGGACCUUCACCUGCAUCUGGGUCCUGACUUCCAGGGAGCCCGGUACCUUUAUGGCCACACACUCACCCCAGAGCAACCCGGGGGGCCGCAGCAGGAGGUACACAUGCUAUGGACACCAGUGCCCCCAGCCCUGACCCUUGGGGAAAGUGAGGAAGAGCAGACCUGGGAAUUCCUGACCGUGGUGGGCAGCAGUCAGGCUGAGGCCCAAGCCUGCCUCACAGAGGCCCUGCAGCUCCAGGCGAGGGCCACUCUGUACACUGCCCACGCCGAGGCCUGGGCCCAGCUCUGGGCUGGCUGUGGCCUGGACGUGGCGGGGCCUCUACCCCUGCGUCAGGCCCUGCGUGGUGCCCUCUAUUACCUGCUCAGUGCCCUGCCCCAGCCAGGGGCCCCCGGGUACGCCAGCCAUGGCCUCAGCCCCGGGGGCCUGUCCAAUGGGAGCCGAGACGAAUGCUACUGGGGCCAUGUCUUCUGGGACCAGGAUCUCUGGAUGUUCCCCAAUAUCCUGAUGUUCCACCCAGAGGCCGCCAGGGCCCUCCUGGAGUACCGCAUCCGGACGCUGGGUGGGGCCCUAGACAAUGCCCAGAGGCUGGGCUAUCAGGCUGAGUAUUGGGAAAUGGUGAACUACCCCUGGCACCCCUACGCCCAGAACAGUGAAGUCUGCUCCAUUCCCCCAACCCCUCAGGGGGCCAAGUUUGCCUGGGAGAGUGCGGGCUCUGGUCUGGAGGUGUGUCCAGAGGACAUUUAUGGGACCCAGGAAAUUCAUAUCAAUGGAGCCGUGGCGUUGGCCUUCCAGCUCUACUACCACACCACCCAGGACUUGCAGCUCUUCCGAGAGGCUGGUGGCUGGGAUGUGGUCAGGGCCGUAGCUGAGUUUUGGUGCAGCCGGGUGGAGUGGAGCCCUGAGGAGGAGAAGUACCACCUGAAGGGAGUCAUGCCCCCCGACGAAUACCAUUCAGGGGUCAACAACUCCGUGUACACCAACGUCGUGGUCCAGAACAGCCUGCGCUUUGCUGCUGUCCUGGCCCAGGACCUGGGUCAACCUGUCCCCAGCGAAUGGCUGGCAGUGGCUGAUAAGAUCAAGGUGCCCUUCGACCCAAGGCAGAACUUCCACCCUGAGUUUGACGGCUACCAGUCUGGAGAGGAGGUGAAGCAGGCAGAUGUCGUGCUCCUGGGAUACCCCAUCCCUUUCCACCUGAGUCCUCACAUUCGCAGGAAAAACCUAGAGAUUUAUGAGGCCGUGACUUCCCCAAAGGGCCCUGCCAUGACUUGGAGCAUGUUUGCCGUGGGCUGGAUGGAGCUGAAGGACCCGGGGCGGGCACAGGACCUCCUGGAGAAGAGCUUUGCCAACAUCACGGAGCCCUUCAAGGUAUGGACAGAGAAUGCAGAUGGGUCUGGCGCUGUGAACUUCCUGACGGGCAUGGGGGGCUUCCUGCAGGCAGCACUCUUUGGAUUCUCGGGGUUCAGGAUCACAGGGGCUGGCAUGACCUUCGACCCCAUGUGUCUGGCAGAGGUCUCUGGGGUAUGCAUCUGUGGCAUCUCUUACCAAGGGAACACACUUGACUUCUCCUUCUCCGAGGACUCUGUGACAAUCGAGGUUAAAAUCAGGACAGGGUCUUGGGCCCCCCUGCUGGAGGCUGAGCUGUGGCCCUCACACACUCGACUCCCCCUGCUCCCAGGGCACAAAGUCUCCUUUCCCUCCUCAGCUGGACGAAUACAAAGAUCACUCUCGUAGGAAGCAAGGAGCAAGUCCUUCUCCAAGAGUUUCCUAGGAGAAUUUAUGGAAGACAUUAGCCACCUGCCCCAGAACCCACAGGACUCCCUGUGGGACACCACUGAGUCCUCCAUCCCCCAUCAGUUCCCUUGCCUUGGCGCUGUCUUGGGUGCUGCACCUGACUGAUCAGGGCUUCAAGGAUGUCUUGGGUCCUCCCCUCUGCCCACUCCUUCUGUGGGCGCCCCCAACUGACUUCACCCCUCCUCAACACCCUCCUCAAUAUCCUCCUGGUCUGCUGAGCCCCUCCCUCCUGCCCGUUUUCCAACCAGCCUCUCCUGGCUCCCACUCUGCUCUGAGGCCUCACCCUCCCCUACCCAUGUUCCGCUCAGCAGCCAGACUACACCUCUGUCAGUAUGACUCCCAAGUUGUUGGAGUCUCCGCGGCUCCGGAAGCCCCCCUGCAGGCUCACAGGCUCCAGGGAAAGUCUGAAUUCAUUGGCCCAACGUUCAAGAAGGUCUGCCUCCAGCCCCUCCCCCAAUGGACUCCUCAGCCACAUCUGUGCCUGCCUUUGUGGCUGACACCUGCCGCACCUGGCCCUUCCCCAGGAUGCUGCAGGGUGGGUGGGGGUGUGGCUGCCUCUGCUGAGAAGGCAGAGACAGGUGUGGGCCUCAGUGUAGAGGGUGGCAGGCGUGGGCGCACGAGGCGAUGCUCAGUCCUGUGCAGAAGUCCUUAGGACUCUCAUGUACAGACCAAAAAGGAACUUUGUGUGUCCUGCACAUACAGUCAGGCAUAGCGGGCUCGAGGUGCUCUCAGGAUGUCACGGGGACUCCUCAUCCUCAGUCCUUGGCUCCUCCAGCCUCUGGGCCACUUUGGUGAGGUUGGAUGCUGUCCAUCCGUUGGAUGCUGAGGCCCUUCCUCAGCCAAGAAGAGAGGGGGAUGGGAUGCAGAGUGAGACCCUACAUCUUCCCUCUGACCAGCCAGAAGAACUGGGGCCAAGUGUGCAUGGGUUCAAGGCCACAGGCCUGGGCUCAUCUGUCGGGACAGGCUGCCCAUGGCCAGAGGCUCUGCUCAGCCUCUCCCCCUGGGGCCUCAGCCCCCCCAGCUGGCACUUCCAACUUGCGUCCCUGGGAAUUUCUCAAGAGCGAGGUGAGAUGGUACGUGCUGCCCGAGGAAUUAAAGCUCCGUUCUGAGAGCAGUUUGUCUGCGGCCAGAA